AUGCAAAUUCUGGUGCACUACAUUCUUUCGCUUUGUAUUACCUUGGUUUCGUCCUUUCCGCAAGUUCAGCUCCAUAGGACGACAUUGGUAGGGACGGACAUUACAGAACUAGGGCUAGACUUUUUUGGAGGUAUACCCUACGCGGAACCGCCCCUUGGAUCGCUGCGGUUGCAGCCACCAGUGUUAAAACUAAAUCUCGAUGGGGGAUUUUUCAACGCAACUAGUUUUGGACUAUCCUGUCUCCAACUGGGAUCCAGCGUCCCUAUUUCAGAAGACUGCUUGACCAUCAAUAUCUUUCGUCUAUUGACAGUGUUUGCCCGCAGGACGUUUGGUGGCGGCUUCGAGUCUGGUUCCGCGGCCGCUUUCAACGCUAGCGCCAUCGUUGCUCAAAGCGUAAUAAGAGGAACUCCCAUCAUCUAUGUCAAUUUUAACUACCGCCUUGGACCUCUGGGUUUUCCGCAGGGGGCGGAAGCCGCAUCUCGAGGCAUACUAAAUCUCGCCAUUAAGGACCAGCUGGCGGCACUGGAGUGGGUGCAGAAAAAUAUCGGCGCAUUUGGAGGGGACAAGGACAAGGUGACAGUGUUUGGAGAGAGUGCAGGUUCUAUCAUGACCUCCAUACUCUUUCUACAUCCAUCCAUAUCCAAGCUUGCAAGAGCGGCGAUAUUCGAGUCCGGGUCUGCGUCCACGUCCCUCACAUUCAAUGCUGAACGUCGACAAAAUGCCUGGAACAAUUUCGUCGAAGGCGUACCAAGUUGCGACUCCUUUGUUGGGACGCCAUUUACUGUAGACUGCUUACAGUCUGUCAACUCUUCAGAUGUUUUUGAGGGAUUGUUGCUGACCGAAACAGAAGCAACGGAAGAGUUUCCGUUUGAUCCGACCCUUGAUGGUGUCUCUGGCGUGUUCCCGAACUUACCCUCCCAACUGCUUCCUCAAGGCCAGUUCGCCCGAUUACCCUUUAUUGCUGGUACCAACUUGGAUGAAGGAACUUUGUUCUGUCCGCCGGAGUUGAACUAUACUAACGACCUCCUCAGCGAAAUGUUGAACGCGAACUUUUCGCCUCCAACAGUUCCUCAGAACAUUCUGAAUGAAUUAUUGGCGUUAUAUCCUGAUGAUCCUUCUGCUGGUUCUCCAUACAAUACGGGUAAUGAGACAUUUGGUCUAGCACCCCUCUAUAAGAAAUGCGCCGCGUUGACGGGCGACUUAAUGUUCGACUCUCAAAGACGCCACUGGAUUCAGACUGCAUCAGAUGCUGGGGUGAAAGUAUUUGGAUAUCGUUUCACACAGCGACUAUCUACUGUCCCGGCUGAGCUUGGAGUGCCUCAUGGUAGCGAAGUACCAUUUGUGUAUGGCGCCUUAGGGUCCCUCAAUCAAACUGCGUCGGCGAAUGCGUUAAGCAUAAUGAUGAUUGACUACUGGGUGUCUUUUGCGACUAGUCUGGACCCCAACGAUGGUCACGGAACAUCUCGUCCCACAUGGCCCCAGUACACGCCCAGUCGACAGGUGCUGAUGCAACUGGAUGGGGACAAUCUGACCGUCAUUCCCGACAAUUACAGCAAAGAGAAGAUUGAUUUCAUUAUUUCUGAAGGUGCGGUCUUUCGUCAUCGUCAUCGAUAA